GAAAUGGGAGCUUCGCCGGAGGUGAGGCUACCACUGGAGUGGAAAUGUGGAAUUGGUCAUGGAGGGAGGCGCUGUUUGGCAUCGAAGUUGGGAGCGAUGUAGAUCGUGAAUCUGUCAUCCAACAACUGGGGUUGAGUCAGCAGGAUUUCAGUAGUACGGGGUUGAGUCUACGGGACUUCAGCAAUGUGAGGUACUUCGCGUUUAAAGGAAAGGAGUCGGCUUGA